AUGUCGUGUGCGAGGACGUGGAUGAGAAAAUGCGUGGAGAACCAUGAUAUUUGCUCUAAAGUCUCGUCUUCCACAUCCGGUAUUCGACGGCCAAUGCGUCUUCUCCAGAUUGGAAUGCCUGAGCCAGAAAAAUUGCGUUUGCUCACAGACGAAGCCCAAUCUUAUAAGAACCUCAAGCCUGAUUAUCUGACUCUUAGUCACCGCUGGGGUUCCGCCAAUCCAUUGGAAUUGACAAGUUCUACUUUCUCGCAAUUGAAACAAGGCAUCGAAAUUGCUGAUUUAUCAAAAACCUUCCGUCAUAGUAUCAAAGUCGCGCAAGAAUUGAAUAUCGACUUAAUAUGGAUUGAUUCUUUAUGCAUCUUCCAAGACUCAGCUGAGGAUUGGGCGAGGGAGGCUCCUCUUAUGCAGUGUGUAUAUGGAGGAGCAGUUUGUAACAUUUCGGCUAUUGCGUCGGAAGAUAGCGACACGGGCUGCUUUUUCAAAAGAAACCCCUCACAAUUAAAACCAUAUGAUAUCCAGACCCAAUGGAACGAUGGAUCGAAUGGGUCAUGUAUGCUCUACUAUCCGGACCUUCGGAGAGAUGCUAUUGAGAACGCCCCGCUUGCGUCUAGAGGUUGGGUUUUCCAAGAACGCUUACUUGCACCCCGCAUAUUGUAUCUUGAUGAUACACAACUAUUCUGGGAGUGCCAUGGUCUCAAAGCUUGUGAGGCUUAUCCAGAUGGAAUGCCUUUUAGCGAUGGUAGUUCUAAGGAAAGAGACGCUUUGGCUGCCCUAAAGCUUGGAACUAUUGGGAGCACUAUAUCCUCCCCGGACAAGAAACAAUUGCAGCGCUUAUGGCAAAAUUCCUGUUUCGACGACGGUUACUGUGCGGGAUUAUGGCGAAAAUAUCUGCCAUCACAGCUUCUUUGGCGUGCAGACAUACACACCAUAGGACACCUCAGACGAUCUAUUGAGUACCGAGCACCAUCUUGGUCGUGGGCCAGCCUUGACGGACCAAUAAUACCAGGAGGGUUCUCCGACGAUGGGAUAAUCAUCAAAAUUCUCGAAUGUCAUGUCCGAGACAUCAGUGGCGAUUCGACUGGACAAAUACAUAGCGGCGUGCUACGAAUCUUGGGCCCCUUGAUGACAAUAGAACUACAACCAUAUGCAAGGAAAUGGUAUCGUUUUCGAAUGCUCAUUGACAGAAGAUGGACAUAUGGGUUUAUACUAUGGCUAGACACAGAUGACCCUAUAUGCAACGGAAGUUACCAGAUCCAUUGCCUACCCAUCUUGUCGGAUGCCGAUUCAGACAGACCCGAGCGAUCUCCGCUCACGAAGUGCUUACUCUUGUUACCCACGGGCAAAUGGCCGGGGCAAUUCGUAAGAUGUGGUACACUGACAUUAGAAUCAGGGGAAAUGAAAGACUGGAAAGGGUUUCGAAAUAUACGAAAUCACGAUUGGCUCCAAUACGAGAGCAGGGAUGAUGAAGGCAAUUGUGUUAUUUCAAUAAUCUGA